CCCCACACGCUGCUUGCGGCUCCUGCUUUUAGCCCCCGCUGCCGUUGCUUUGCUGUUGGAGUCAUUAAUGUGCUUGGGUCCCUUAAAAAUAUUGUCCUCAUCAAUUAAAAAAAAAAAAGUUUGAAAUGAUCAAGCUGGUUUGUUUAAUCAGCUGCUUUUCCGUGAAUCAGUCUGGGGACUUAGAAGAAUUUAUUGUGUCUACCCAGUGCCUUGAAAGGAUCAUUUCUUUACUAAAGGACAUGGAGGAGGGGAAACAAAACAGAUGAAUUAAUAAAUCAUUUUUAAAUAUCCCUUUUAACCACCCAGUCAGCUUUUCUGUACUGAAUGUGUCCCUUUUGUAAAUAUCUUCUGUUUGCCCUUGAUCUUUUCCUUAUCCCCACCCAGUGCUGAUCCAGCAAACGUUUAAAGGUCGCCUUAUCAUACAAGCUUUCGAACUAUUCCCAUACCGUGUUGAGGGGAACACAAGUGGUUUGGAAAUAGAGUUUCAGACUUUAAAAGGAGAUUAUGUGGAGCAAGAAAAAACAGCAACAUUGUAUUCACAUUUUUAUGGGAUUUUGAUAUUGACUUUGACUUCUCUAAUCUUUAGUCACACAUAUACUAAAUUUUGUACUUAGUGAUGCAGUGCAGAAAAGCACACCGCUAACCGAAAUUCAUGCCGAGUGUUUAACUUGAGCCAAAAAAUACCCUUUUUUUUUUUUUAAUGGAACUUCUUGUACAAUGCUGUCUUCUUUGGACAAGUACCUUAUGCUAAAGAUUUUCAUUAGCAGUGCAUGUUCCAAUAUUUGAUUCUAGUCCUUUCUUUAACUUUAGGUAGGUGAUUUCUCUUUUGUCCUUUGUGAAGGAGUGACAACCAUAUUUUAUAUUUAAAUAUAAAAUGGAGUCACGGAGAGGAAGAAAAGCAAUUGUUUUGAGUGAGGCUAUCAAAAGCCCUGCUGGCUCUAGUAACUUUCAGAAAUCCUGACUGUAGACAAUGUAAAAUAUGUAGUUGUAUGCGUAUAUAUUAAAUAUACAUCUAUCAAAUGUAAUAUAUGUAUAUAAAAGAACUACAGAAAGGGGAAAAUUGUGAAUUAAUUUCUUGUAAUGAUUUAACAGUUAUUGCCACCCCAUCACAGAAAAUGCAUCCAUAUUUUGCAUGCACUGAUUGUAUUAUCAUUUUAUUAAUUCUGAGGAAAGGAAAAAUUCUUGUAUAUGUUCAGCAGACAUUUUCUCUUCAGUUUGUGUAAUUUCACCAGUGCACAGUUGAUGUGGAUGCUUGACUUGAACUUAAAAUAAGUGCAGCACAAUUUGAAUUAUUUGUGUGAAAUCCUCUGAGGAAACUAAUAUGUUUGUAAUUCUGUAACUUUAAAGGCAGCCAAUGUGUUUGCAAACUUUAAAAUGAUAAAUGACCCUUAGACUAAGACCUUUCAUGCUAAACUAAUAGCCUGGUGCUAAAUUUUGCAGCUGAGUACUAUAAAUCAUCCGAAAUAGGGGUUGGUAAUUGAACCCUUGACAGGCCUGGCAGUUCUGUGAUGUCUUAGAAAUUAUACUUGCUGCUUUGUGAAUAGCUAAACUGGAAGCUCAUAUGAUUUUGAAAUACCCUGUGCUGUAUAUAUAAACACAUGCCUAGUGCACCUUCUGCAGUAUUGUUUCUAAGUCAUAUUGAAUGUAGUUGACACCCUCACCUUUCACAGGCGUGAACAAAAGCAGUUUGAUGCAAUUGUUGUCACUUAGAAAGUAACCUAUUUUAUGCAGAAAGUGAAGCUAAAAGAAUAGGCCUUGGAUCUUGAUCUUACAUUUUCCUUAUUUGGGUGUGUUUGCUUUUGUUUUUUCUUAAAGGAACAAGAGCACUCAAGGUGAAGGAUAAAAAUCAACUAGAAUCAGCACUUUGAAUGAAAGUUUGUUUCCCUGUGGCAUCUUGAACACUUUCUUCUUCGGGUUUUGAAACAGAUUUAUAACUUUGUGGCAUAGCAGCUAUGCAGCUUGAAAUCCAAGUAGCACUCAAUUUUAUUAUUUCAUAUUUGUACAAUAAGCUUCCCAGACGACGUGUCAACAUUUUUGGUGAAGAGCUUGAAAGACUUCUUAAGAAGAAGUAUGAAGGGCACUGGUAUCCAGAAAAGCCAUACAAAGGAUCAGGGUUUAGAUGUAUACAUAUAGGGGAGAAAGUGGACCCAGUCAUAGAACAAGCAUCCAAAGAGAGUGGUUUGGACAUUGAUGAUGUUCGUGGCAACUUGCCUCAGGAUCUUAGUGUUUGGAUUGACCCAUUUGAGGUUUCAUACCAAAUCGGUGAAAAGGGACCAGUGAAAGUGCUUUAUGUGGAUGAUAAUGAAAAUGGAUGUGAGUUGGAUAAGGAAAUCAAGAACAGCUUUAACCCAGAGGCCCAGGUGUUCAUGCCAAUUAGUGACCCAGCAUCUUCAGUAUCUAGUUCUCCUUCUCCUCCCUUUGGUCACUCUGCUGCUGUGAGCCCAACUUUCAUGCCCCGCUCCACUCAGCCUUUAACCUUCACCACUGCCACAUUUGCUGC